CAAACCCUGAAAUAGUGUGAUCUCGUAGCGAACCAACAAUUGCCUGCGCAGCAGUCGUCGUUGUGGAGCGAUGGAAGUCCAACAAGCACAGAUGCAGCAGCUCAUGGACGCUUAUUGCGCCACAGAAGACAAAGUCUCAUGCACUCCAUCCAAGAAGCAUGUCGUCAUUGGUAUGGAGGCGGAGGAGAAGUUGGUGGGUGCUGGGAUGGUGCACCUUCGCGUGUUCCAAGGUGGAGUGUCCAUUCUGGGCUUCCACGCCAAAGCUGGCGCGUACUUGGACGUGUUCUCGCCCCGUUGGUCGAACCUCUUGUCCAUCCAAGGCAUCGCGACAACAUCUGUGUUUCAAUCUCCAUGCACGUCAUUGACAGAAGCCCAUUGGAACCUCACGCACGUAGACGAUCGGUUGACCAUGGCGGACGAGGCCGAGGCAGAUGCGUUGGCCAAGGACAUUGCCGUACGAUUCCCCAUCGUCCUGGUCUUUCGGUCCAUGCAUGUUACCUACGGCAACCUAGCGUCGUACUUUGAUGGUGGUCCACCAUCCGCAACAACCAACGACAUGGUUGUGCCGAUGCCAGGGUUCAAAUUCAUCCGCCACAAGAACGCAGCCCAUGCACUUGACAAACCCAAAACGAAGAAAGCCAAGCAUGCCGCGUCUAACGCGGAUGGCUCGUCUGUCUUGUAUCAUGGGGAGUCUGUCGACUUUACGUCCAUCACGUCGCUGGAACCUCAUCCUGUGCGCGAAAUUCUCAUUCCGCCGACCUGGUCCAAGGUGGCGGCGUCGAUCUUAGACUCUAUGGCGACGUCGGCAAAUCGAAAAAUGCUCGUCUGUGGGGCCAAGGGCGUGGGCAAGUCCACGUUCAGUCGGUAUGUGGUGAAUCGACUGCUCAACGUGUAUCCGAUGGUCGCGUACUUGGACACGGACGUCGGGCAGCCGGAACUUGCGGCGCCGGGGGUGCUGUCGCUGCAUUAUAUCACGUCACCGUUGCUCGGGCCUGGGUAUACGCACCUCGAACCAGCGUAUCGGUCGUACUUUUUCGGUUUUAGCAGCCCCAAGGCCGAUCCAACGGUGUACAUGGAAGCCAUUAGCGCCCUCUUGAACGACUAUGCCGCCAAGGAUUCCACGAUUCCGCUAGUACUCAACACGGACGGCUGGAUCAAGAGCAUGGGCUACGAUCUGCUUCAAGCGACUCUCUCGGCUGCGACACCUGAGCAUGUCGUCCAGGUCGUCGCACUCUCCAAGGCCAAGAGUUUUGACGUGCCACUGUCGCCUCAGUGGACGCUGCAUCCCAUUGAAAUGUGGGACAUCGAGCCACCGCAACCUGCGCGAAGUGGGAAAGAACUGCGGCAAUUCAGACUGCACGCGUACUUUCUAGGCCGAGUUCCCGUCCCAUCACAUGUGUCGUUGCAAAAUAUCCACUGCACAUCCGAGCAGACACGGUAUACGCGUCUCCUCUCGACCAUCUAUCCACAACAAGCGCCGUACCGGGUUCCAUUUUCGAAGGUCGGUCUGCGUGUGUCGGGGGGUUCCGUGCCUCCAAGCCAGAUCCUUCAUGUACUGAACGCAAGCGUUGUUGGGUUGUGCUGCCACCCGUACGAGAUCAAACCGGACGCCACAAACGGAGGUCCUGUGACAGUUCUGGACAAUCCAAUGGUUCCCUGUGUUGGCCACGGUACAUCGUCAUCACUCAGUCAACUCAUCUCUAAUAACACCUUGAGUAGGCAUUGUUCGGAGCAUCGAUGUCGAGCGCCGAGAAUUCCACAUAUUGACCCCCGUGCCGUUCGAGAUCCUGCAGCAUGUCAACUUGCUCGUGCGCGGCCACAUCUCCCUCGCCUUUCAGUUGCUGGAUCAAAGCGCUGUGUACGGGACCACGCCGUAUGCCGUCGUGGAUGUCUUGGCCGCGGAAGGGACAGGCGCGUCGUUGAUGGAGAGUCGUAACAACCUAAAGCGCAAAAAGGAAAUGACUUAACGUUGAACUGGUCAAUACAACGCGACAAAACGCGCG